UACUGCAAGUUGACGCAGGAAUGGAAUGUCCAGAGCAUGAUGCUACACCUACAGGAGCAUUACUGCCAGUCCAACCACCAGGGAAUGGUGAACCCGACACACCUAUGAGUGGCACUGCACCAACUGACGUGAUCCCUACACCUGAAGCAUCUCGAGAUGAUUCUAAGCCAGGCCCCAGCCAAAUGUGUUCCAGACAUGACGAACAAGAACCAACUGUGCAAGAAAAAAUUGCACUUUUACGCAAGACCAUUUCCUUGCUGGAGAGGCGAAACGUCAAGUUGGAAGAACGUUUGGACCAGGCCAUGUCACGACUUCUGACACUAGGCUUAAUUGAGAAGUCGUCGAAGGAUUGUUUAUACUACACUGGCCUUCCUAAUUAUGGCGUUUUUCAAAGCCUGUUUAAUUACCUCAAACCUCGUGCUAGUAUGAUGUCGUACUGGGGCUGGGAGAAAAAAACAGGAAGUGAUGUUCGUGGCCGCCCAAAGGAGAUUGAACUUGUCACUGAAUUUUUUAUGGUGCUAGUGCGCCUGAAAACUGGCAUGGCAGGGAGAGAGCUAGCACGGAACUUUAUGAUGUCGCCAACCCAAGUUAGCCGUAUUUUUGCCACAUGGAUAAAUUUCCUUGAGCAAGAACUCGAGCAACUCACGAAGUUACCAACACGAGAAGCCAUUGCACAGUACCUUCCAAAAUCAUUUAAGGGGUUUGAAAAUACAAGGCUGGUUUUGGAUGCAACUGAAGUUCGGUCAGAACGUCCUUCUUCGUUUCAUGGCCAACGGCAGACAUUUUCACCAUACAAACAUUACAAUACUUAUAAAGUCCUGAUAGGGUGUACACCAGAUGGCUAUGUCGCCUACGCUUCCAGAAUCUGGGGAGGAUCAGUCUCAGAUAAGACCAUUCUGCAAAGUUCUGGGCUACUUGAUCGCUUGCAGUCUGGGGAUGCUAUCAUGGUAGAUAAAGGCUUUACAUUUCCUUAUUUACCCCAAGGAAUCACAAUUUACAGGCCACCGUUUCGUGAGCCGCAUGAGACACAAAUGACACCUCAAGCUGUGGAAGAUACCCGUCGCAUUGCAUGUGCAAGAGUGCACGUUGAGCGAGCCAUUGCACGUGUCAAAAGUUUGCAUAUUCUUGAUGGGGCAUUCCCAAUCAGUAUGAUUGACAUCGGAGAACAGAUAUUUAAGGUGUGUUGCUUGUUAAGCAACUUUAAAAGGCCACUGAUAAAGAAUGCCCACUAGU